GGGGGCUAGUCGUAGCAGCAGUUGGAGACGGAGGAAAUGACGUCGCUAUGAUACAGGAGGCCGAUAUGGGCGUGGGCAUCGAAGGCGCAGAAGGUCGCGCGGCGUCGUUAGCAGGCGACGUGAGCGUGCGCGCGCUGUCGUGCCUGGCGCGCCUGCUGCUGGUGCACGGCCGGCGCGCCGCCAUGCGCUCCGCCGCGCUGUGCCUGUUCAUCGUGCACCGCGGGCUCAUAGUGUCCACCAUGCAGGCUGUGUUCUCUGUAGUGUUCUACUUCUCGUCCGUGUCGCUGUAUCCCGGCUUCCUCAUGGUGGGCUACGGGACCGUCUAUACUUUGUUACCAGUAUUCUCGUUGGUAUUAGACAAGGACAUACCAAGUUCCACAGCGCUACAGCACCCGCAACUGUACAAACAACUGACCAAAGGAAGGCAGCUAUCGUACAAGACUUUUUACAUAUGGACUGGCAUCUCUAUUUAUCAAGGCGGAGUGAUAAUGUACGGCGCGCUGGUGUUGUUCGAGGACCAGCUGAUCCACAUCGUAGAGAUCAGCUACACGGCGCUGAUACUGACGGAGCUGAUCAUGGUGGCGCUGACCGUCAACACGUGGCACCGCCUCAUGGUGGCGGCCGAGGCGGUCAGCUUGCUGAUGUACACCGCCACUCUGCUCAUAUUCACUUCGUACUUCGACGCUGACUUCAUAAGACACUGGGACUUCUGGUGGAAGGUGACCACUAUAACCCUCGUCUCCUGCCUGCCGCUAUACAUCGUCAAGCACAUGCACAGAAAGUGGAGCGCUCGCCAGUACAAGAACAUACUGAAAUGAUCUUCAAUAUCAACGCAUUUAGGUUCAUUACACAAUGUGGUACAAAAGGCCACUAACAAAAG